CAGCAGCUACAGCAGCAGCUACAACAGCAGCUACAUCAGCAGCAGCGACAACAACAGCAGCUACAACAGCAGCUACAUCAGCAGCAGCGACACAACAGCAGCUACAACAGCAGCUACAUCAGCAGCAGCGACAACAGCAGCUACAACAGCAGCUACAGCAGCAGCUACAACAACAGCUACAACAACAGCUACGACAGCGUUACUGAGACACGCCUUGAUCUCCAUCACCGAGAGGAGCGACACGAUGCCGCUCGUGCUGGGCUACUGGGACAUCCGCGGGUUGGCGCACGCCAUCCGCCUCUUACUGGAGUACGUCGGUGAAGAGUGGGAAGACAAACUCUACGUGGUUGGAGACGCUCCGGGCUACGACAGGAAAGCCUGGCUGGAGCAAAAACACAAACUAGGCCUGGACUUCCCCAACCUGCCCUAUCUGCUGGAUGGAGACGUGAAGCUGACUCAGAGCAACGCCAUCUUGAGACACAUCGCUCGCAAACACGGCCUGGUUGGACAGACGGAGAAGCAGCAAGCCAUGGUGGACAUGCUGGAGAACGAGGCGAUGGACAUCCGCAUGCGCUUAGUCUACUUGUGCUACGGACCCGACUUUGCCAAGAACCGGCCCGGCUUCCUGGAGUCGGUGCCGCCCAAGAUGCAAGCCCUGAGCACCUUCCUGGGAGACAAGGAGUGGUUCACCGGGGACAAGCUCACCUACGUGGACCUGGUGCUGUACGACGUGCUGGAUCAACACCGGCUGUUCGACGCGAGCCUCCUGCUGCCUCACCCCAACCUGGGCCAAUUCCUCCAGCGCGUCGAGGCCCUGGACAAGAUCGCCGCCUUCAUGAAGUCGAGCCGCUUCAUCAAAUCGCCCAUCAACAACCGCAUGGCAUCAUGGGGGAACAAAAAGGAAUGAGCCAAUCAGGAGGCCCCGCGCAAGGAUCUCUCCGCCGCCGUAGCCAAUCACAAGUCGGCAGAGCUUAAUGGCCAUCAUGAGACCUCCUUUGCCAGUAGAAAAAUCUAAUAAUCGUUUUUUUACCCUUUUUUAAUUGCCCAUAUGGUCCGAAAUUAACAAAUAGAUUGUAGCCAUCGAUACGAUACAGAGCCCUCAUCUCUCGAGGGCAGCCCUAGCUAGGCUCAUCGUUAUGUUCUGCGUGCGUGACCCUUCACAAGAAGCGGUCACGGUGACGGACGCACAAACACGGUGUCCUGUUGUGUAGUUCAACCCCGAGUGGGUUGGUGGUCACUGCCGUAGCGAGGCAGUGAUGAUGCCGCUGGUGUUGGUGGUGGUGUUGGUGGUGUUGGUGGUGUUGGUGGUGUUGUUGGUGGUGUUGGUGGUGGUGUUGGUGUUGGUGGUGUUGUUGUUGGUGGUGUUGGUGUCCGUAGCAGAUAACUGGGCCUGGAGCGGUGGUGUAGCGGUUAUCGCGUUCCGCUACGAACCCGGUGACCCGAGUUCGAUUCCCGCUCACGGCCAACACCAGCGACGAUUAUCUGAACCGGUCCUGGGCCUCCCCUAGGUCGAUUCAGCCUCAAUUGAGUACCUGGCGCGGUGUGUAAAAACAUUGCAACUUGGGAGACAAGCGGCCGGCCUUCAUAGGCGCUCGCUAACACAAACCCUUCAACCCCUUAUCAGUGCCCCACUCAUUACAGACCAACUCAGACCUUAUUAGCACCCCGUGCCCCUUAGAAUCUCAACGUCAAUCCUACAAAGUCCCAUCACAAGGGAGAAACACAAAUAGACAACAAAUAAAACACAUUCCUACGGAGGGAGCUGGUAGGAACGUUGGUGGGUUGCUCGGUCAAUGGGCAGGGUCAACGGCGGCGUGGGGUAUUCCGCAAAUAUUGCCGACUGUGAGGGCGGGCACAAGCCGGCGUGAGUAGGUUAUACGUUGAGUUUUAUAAGGGCACCACGGGGUGACCAGCCCCUCCCCACCCAGCCCCACCCCUCCCACCCCCACCCAGCCCCUCUCCACCCAGCCCCACCCCUCCCAUUUUUGGAUGCACGACAGACGGACACAAUAAUCCCCUGUGGGCUGGUGGAACCAGGUGGUUCCUAGCAGUAAAAAUUGCCUGUAUUGAAACGGCUGUAAUGCCAUAUGGACCUGCAAAGUGAAUUUCCCUGUACAGGAAAUACGGGGAAACGGUACGAGUUGACGGGUAUGAUAACAGCACUUGCCCCAACAGUCUGCCGAGGCUUUGCUGGGGAAUCUUUGUCUUUGUGGCAGACAACUGGCUUAAUAAAGACGACGUGGCGGCAGGA